AGCCACGUUCGGUUGAGCUCCAAGUAGACCAGCGGCAGCGGCGGCGGCAGCGGUGCCGGAGGCGCAGAGGGCGGCGCAGGCGGAGCCGGGCGGGCGGGCGCGCGAGCGAGCCAGCGGGCGGCCGGGCCGGCAGGCGAGCGGCGGCGGCAGCGGCACCCCAGGCCGAGCCGGCGCGGGAGGAGUUCCAGGGCGAUGGGGCCGCGGCCGGGGCUGACGCUUUGACAGCUGGAAAGAGCGCGGAGCCAGCGCCUGGGGGGGGAGGGAGGGGAGCGCGGCGAGGAGAGCGCGAGCGGGCGAGCGAGCGAGGCCGGGGAGGGGGCCGGGAGCGAGGGGGCAGCUCGGGAGCAGCCGGAGCGGUAGCGGCGGCGGCGGCGGCGGCGGCGGCGAGGCUCGGCGCCCUCUUCUCUGCAAACCAUGUUUGCCAAAGGCAAAGGCUCGGCGGUGCCCUCGGACGGGCAGGCUCGGGAAAAGUUAGCUUUAUACGUCUACGAAUAUUUACUGCACGUAGGAGCACAGAAAUCUGCACAGACCUUCUUGUCGGAGAUUCGAUGGGAAAAAAACAUCACGUUGGGAGAACCGCCUGGGUUUUUGCACUCGUGGUGGUGCGUAUUUUGGGACCUUUACUGUGCAGCUCCUGAAAGGCGAGACACUUGUGAACAUUCGAGUGAAGCAAAAGCCUUUCAUGAUUACAGUGCGGCAGCCGCCCCGAGCCCCGUGCUUGGCAACAUUCCCCCCAACGAUGGGAUGCCGGGAGGCCCCAUCCCGCCAGGUUUCUUUCAGCCUUUUAUGUCACCGCGCUACGCAGGCGGCCCCAGGCCCCCGAUCAGAAUGGGAAACCAGCCUCCGGGAGGAGUUCCUGGGACCCAGCCACUGCUGCCCAAUUCCAUGGAUCCCACCCGGCAACAAGGGCACCCCAACAUGGGAGGAUCAAUGCAGAGAAUGAACCCUCCCCGAGGCAUGGGGCCCAUGGGGCCCGGCCCACAGAAUUAUGGCAGCGGCAUGAGACCACCACCCAACUCCCUCGGCCCCGCCAUGCCCGGGAUUAACAUGGGUCCGGGAGCUGGCAGACCCUGGCCAAAUCCUAACAGUGCUAACUCAAUUCCAUACUCCUCCUCAUCACCUGGUACCUACGUGGGACCUCCUGGUGGUGGUGGCCCCCCAGGAACACCCAUCAUGCCUAGUCCUGCAGAUUCAACAAAUUCCAGUGACAACAUCUACACAAUGAUUAAUCCGGUGCCGCCUGGAGGCAGCCGGUCCAACUUCCCGAUGGGUCCAGGCUCGGACGGCCCGAUGGGAGGCAUGGGCGGCAUGGAGCCACACCACAUGAAUGGAUCGUUAGGGUCAGGUGACAUAGAUGGACUUCCAAAAAAUUCUCCUAACAACAUAAGUGGCAUUAGCAACCCUCCAGGCACCCCUCGGGACGACGGUGAGCUAGGAGGGAACUUCCUCCACUCCUUCCAGAAUGACAAUUAUUCUCCAAGCAUGACGAUGAGCGUGUGAUCCCCUCCUCUUCUCCGAGACGCUGAGAGAGCCGGCAUUUCAGGCGGGAAGAUGCCAGAAAUUAUGCAAGAAGAAGUGAGGUGUCAUUACCCAGGAGCUGGGGGAGGGGCGUCUCCCUGCUCCCCCUCAGCCCCCACCCUCCUCCUCCAGUCCCCCCACCUGUCCCAGUUUUAGUUUCAUGCAAUAAAAAGGCCGAACUUUUUAUUCCAUAAAACAUGAAGGACAAAACUCAAAAUAAAAAUAUAUUUCAAGUCAGUGACCAGAAAAAUCCCACCCCUUGCCCAUUCCCAAAAGGACCUUUUAUGUACGUGACACUUUUUUUUUUUGUUUGUUUGGGGUUUUACCGUUAUUGGGAUUUUUUAAUUUGUUUUCAGGGGGGUUUUUUUGGGGGAAAAUUUUUAAAAAUGGAAGCUUCUAGCAAGCCCCCCUCACCCCACCUCAGUCAACCUCUUUGCUUUCUUCUUUAAAAAAAAAAAAAAAAAAAAAAAAAAAAAAAAAAAACCGAAGCCCUGCUGUCUGUCUGUACCCAAGCCCUUCCACCAGGAAAGCUAGUCUAGGUGUGAGGUCUCACGCUGUCUUUGUAGCCAUCUAAAAAUAAUGAUAAUAAUAAUAAACUGGGCAGUUUACAAUCGGUGGUUUCUUUCAAAAGGCCUUUUUUGGAAAGAGAAAAGAAAGUCACCUUUCUCCACUUGGGGUUUUUGGUUCGUGCGGAUGGGCAAGGGAGGGUCAGGAACCUGUUUUGGUUUUGCUUGAUUUCUCCUGGCCGAGGUGGUGCCGGCAGCUGCACACGUGGGACCCCAGAACCGUCCCCCCUCCCCCACUAUGUGGCCCGAGGGGCCCGACCACCCGACCGCUUUCAGGACUCCGCCGCGGCGGAGACGCGCUGUGACCUGGUGGCAUGCACUGUGUUCCCAGGGCCGCUUCCUCCUCUCUCUCUUCUGGACCUUCCCCCGCCCGGCCUCCCUGCCGCUCCAGCCCCGUCCUCAGCCCCCACCCCAGUCUUCCCAGCGAGAAUCCUGCCAGCUGGGCGGUGGCCUGGGCGGAGCGCCGUGGGGGAGGCCGCCCCCGACAGGAUGGCUAUGACCUGGGACAUGGCAACUGUGACCCCUGCGUGCUCGUCCCGUGGCCCUGGCUCGCAUCGUCCUCGUCGUGUGUGUGGGCA